GCAUUUUUUUAUAUUAAAUUAACCAAAGGAGCAAAAGGACGAUGGCGAUGUUGGCGGUGACGGUCACGCAUGGUGCAGACAAGUACAAGCUGUCUGUACCACCGUCGACAAGGCUGAGACAGUUGCAGGACAACAUUGAGGAGGUGUCACGGGUGCCUGUCAAGGCCCAGAAGCUGCUUCUCAAAGGUCGUGUGUUGAAGGAUUACGAUGCAGAGUUGAGAUCGCUGACGAAGAAAUCCAAACUCAAGCUCAUGCUAAUGGGCGAAAAGGAGAGUCCAGAGAUUGAGCAGUGCAAGAAGAAGCUGGCGGAAGUACACGAGAGCAUCCAAAAGCACGCAAAGGAAAUGCAAACGCACGAGGAGACGUGGAAGCAGAUCUCAGAGGGGUUUCUGGCAAAGGAGCUUGUGCCUGAGGCGGUGAAGAAGUUGAAGAAGCAAGUGCUGGGCGUCAACGAGAUGAACGUUCGCCUCCUGGAACAGAUGGACAGCUUGCCCAUUCACAAGGAUAUGACCAAGCUGAGAACCACACGCAAGCUCCACAUUGCCGAGAUUGAGACAGACACACAGUGA